AUGUCGGCUAGAAUCAGAGUCGCCAUCGCAGGCGCUUCCGGUGUGACGGGCUCCUCUAUUGUGAACGCGCUACUGGCAAACCCUGAGAAAUUUGAGGUGACGGCUCUAGCACGGCCAGUAUCCGCAGGGAAGCGCCAGUAUGUCGAAUUUGCCGGGCGUGGAGUAAUUAUCAAGCCCGUCGAGCUCGAGGCAUCAUCAGACACCUUGGUCCAAGCGCUUUCCGGCAUGGACGUUGUCAUCUCCUGUAUGACAUUGGUACAGCUUCGGGAAGAAAUGGCUCUCAUUGCAGGAGCAAAUGCGGCUGGUGUAGGUCGCUAUGUGCCGAGCUGUUUCGGCCCCUGCUGCCCACCCCGAGGUGUCAUGCUGGCCAGAGAGAUGAAGGAAGACAUACUGGACCAUAUUAAGACCUUGUACCUCCCGUACACCGCUAUCGAUGUUGGCUGGUGGUAUCAGCUGUCCUUGCCAGCCUUGCCUUCGGGAAAGAUCGGGAUCAAGGCAGAAUACUCUACUACGAAGAUCAUCGGUGACGGCAAUACACCCUGGGCGCUUAUAGAUAACCGCGAUAUAGGAAAAUAUGUCGCGAGAAUCAUUGCUGACCCGAGGACGUUGAAUAAAACUGUUUUCGGAUAUGGCGAGGUUCAUACGCAGAACGAAUUGUGGGAAACUCUUGAAAGAGUCAGCGGAGAGUCUAUUCCACGGGAAUAUCUGUCUAAGGAAGACUUGCUCAAGACUAUCACAGAUGGUCAGGCAGCGAUCGCUGAGCAACAUCUGGAUCCGGGGGUUAUGUUAAGUCUAGGCAUGGCGCAGUAUAAAAAUCUCUUGGGAAUUCGGGGGGAUAAUACCCCCGAGCAUGCGAGAUACCUGGGAUACCUCGAUGUGAAGGAGCUUUACCCCGAUCUCAUAGUCACCCCUUUCGAGGAAUUUGUUAAUGACGCUUUCUGCGGUAGAGUAAAGACUGUUUACUCUUAA